CAACCAGAAUACCGAUAUUUAGGAGUUCCCAAACUAUUUUUACUAGUUCAAGAUGUCGGGCUGGUUUUCAAGGACUUCUAAAACUCUUCCAGACUGCACAGGACCCUUUUCAGUCGGCUGUGCCGACAUUAUGUUUGCACAAAGCGAAUCUCUGAAAUUCGGCAGCUUUAUUCGACUGUUCUAUCCUACUAGUCCAAAGAGCAGUGACUCAGCAAGUAAUCCAAAGCAGGCCUUGUGGUGCCCUAGGAAAGAAUAUUCCAAUGGGCUGGCAAGUUUUAUUAACAUGAGCUCUUGGUUGUUUGGAAAACUGAUACAUUGGACCGUAGGUAAUGUAGUUAUCCCUGCUAUUCCAAAUGCUCCUCUAAUUUCUGGUCAAGAUGACAGUCAGGGAAUGCCUUGUAUAGUGUUCAGCCAUGGUCUUGGUGGUAACAGGUUUAUGUACUCCACUUAUUGUUGUGAAUUAGCUUCUCAUGGCUGUCUGGUAGCAAUGGUGGAACACAGGUAUUCUCGAUAUAAUCUUGAUUUUAAUCUUGAUUAAUCUAAUUUUGGUUUGAUUGAAAUGUAGCCUGUAUUACAGCCAGAAUUUUCUCUGUAGUAACCAGUCUUUAAAGAGGAAGUUCCU